GGAACGCUCUUGACGGCCGCCAUCCUGUUUACCCUAAUCGACUCAUCUGUAAUAUACUGGGCCCACGGGUUCUCACCGUGUUCGGCGCUGACUUGCGCGUACUCCAGUACAAAUUUUAUCGUCCAAACCUCGUUCCCACACGAACACAACGUGGCCGGAGCGCUAUUCCAAACUAUGACACAAGCAAGUCUUGGGAAGCUUCUAGCUAUAUCUACAAUCGUGUUCAACACUGUAGUUGAUAAGGAAUCUGCCAAGCUCGGUGUCACUAUCAACUCUAGAGGCACUGACGCACCCAUAUUUGCACAGCUCAUGGGGUAUGAAGAUGCGCAA